AUGGCUUGGAGACGACCCUUCGAUCCUCGCAAACCUCAUGUACACCUAGCGAACAUAUGUUCGGGCAACGAGCUUCGAGAACUUGAACCGUGGCGACCGUAUCCCAAAGUCGACCCAACAACACUCUUUGCUUCAAAAUCACUGAACUUGACAAGCUUCAGCCUUUACGAGAUUGGAAAAGACAUUUGCUUAGUGCUGCUCAGUGGCAGUCCCGAUGACAGCCCUUUACCUGGCCAUACCAUCCUAGAGCCUUCAGAACGACUAUCGCGUGCGCAGAAUAUCGAGCACGCACUCAUCCAGUGGUACGAAAACCUGCCUCAGACCUCGAGAACCGAGGACUCAAAGGAUUCAUACAUCGCUGGCCCUGUCCUUGAUGUUCACCUCACUUAUAAUGUCUGGCGAAUCACGCUUUAUGGUGUGUUAAUACAGUGCAAAACAGACUCGCCACAGCCCGACAGAGAAGAAUACAAUCAGAAGACCAUAUCCGCUUGCGCAAGUAUCGCAGGCCUCGUGCAAGCAGGUCAGAGGAGCUGGGGACUCUCGAACGGUCCCUUUUCGAUGGUGCAUGGCGCUUCAGUGGGCACGCACGCCCUUCUAGGUUUCCUCGAUCGUCCAGACGUUCCUCAAAUUGUUCAUACCAUGAUCGUUGCUCUCACUGCCAGCUGUCAUCGAUGGACCCUUGCCCGUGGAAUUGUGAGAACUCUGUGGCUGACCCUUAGAGAGCGUGAGAUCGAAAGUCUACUUCCUGAUUCAACACUUGAUCUGCUGAGAUCGAGUGCAGUAGAGAAGUGGGGCCCUGAAGACCACCGACUAUUCGCUAGCUGUGCAUAUCCGAAUUAUGCCGCGAGCGAUAACAGCAGAUACCCUGUUGGCAUCGGGGAAGUGCUGGAGAGCUAUGCACAGCUUGACUUGGGACAGAUGGAUCAACCGGAGAGCAGCAGUCGAGGUCCUGGUUGA